UAGCAAUAUUUGCAGGAUAUAAUUAUUCACUUUUAUUAUAAAAGUACAAAUGUUUUUGUUUUUGGUUUGAAUACGGUAAAGUGACACUUCGCCGUUUUUCAUAGAAGGAUGUGUCCUAGAGGAAUUUCUAUGGAAAUGUGGACAAUUGUAGGUGUUAGACACGUGCUAUGAAUCGUUGAGAAUUUUGCGUGGCCGACACAUAGGCUAAGUGCAAAUCCUUGACAAACUACCAGUGUUCAGUGGUUAUAAUCACUUGGCUACUGGUGGUCUUGAAGACAUAAAGUCCCAAAACAUGUUCUGUAAUAAAUAUUAUAUAAAUAUAUUAUUUGUUUUAACUAUCGGUAACGGAAGAUCAAGAGUUUCAAAUCAGAAAAACUUGAAAAUUCUAUUUCUACAUAAAGUCACUCCAUCUGACAUUUUAUAAAAAUAUAUAGACUGUGUGUGAGUUCUUGCAAAACCAGUAACGAGCACUUUUUUAUGAGUUUGGCAUGGUUAAAAUGGAGAGAAAACCCUAGUACUACAUAUGUGGAACAUGACAAAUUUUUCAGGUUUUCAACCCGGGAUCAAGCUCUGGUCUGUCAAAGCAGCAAUCUUAACUGGAUCCCAUACAAUAAAGGCAUCAUUAUUUCGGUCUAUGUGCUUAAAUAGAGCCUGUAUUCUUGCUCAUUGAGAGUAUAGAGAAAUUAACAAUGGAAACGGUUUCUGGGCAAAUUACCCCUGAAAAUUUCUUAGUUGCGAUGUACUCUCGAACACGGUCGCUUAUGGUGACAAGCUGAAAGCGGUUUAUUAUGAAGAUUUUUUAAUAUAAUCCAAUUUUUCUGUUUACAGUCGCUUCUAAUCAAAGUAAUCAAUUCGUUUCGAGAAACAUUUUAUUAUAUGGGACAAGUGAUGGUAGAGGAAGGAAGGUUAUUUGACAAAGAACACAUAUUUUUUCUGACACUGGAUGAACUAGAUAUGUUAAUAAAUACGAGAUCUGCAAGAAUAUUGCACAAAGCAGUAGCCCCUCAUAAAAUCUACUACGAACUUGACUCUCUGAAACUUCCUGAAAUUCAGUUUGGUAUUUCCAAUUCUUAUCGUAACAAAGCAGUAAUUGAAAAUAAUGGAAAUCGAGCAUCCGUAAUAAUGAAAGGAACUCCUGUUAGUCAAGGAAUAGUUAAAGGAAAAGCCAGAGUUAUGCUUAAUAUAAAAGAAGCCGAUUCUAUUUGUCAAGGAGAAAUACUAAUAACGUACAGUACUGAUAUCGGAUGGAGUCCUUAUUUUCCUCUUAUAUCUGGUCUAGUUACAGAACUUGGCGGAUUAAUAUCACAUGGUAAUUAG